CUCCACCCGCGCGCGCUGCUGCUGCAGUCGGGGGGAGGCGGCGGCGGCGGCUGUGGGCAGUGCGCGGGGUGCAGGCGGUCGCCGUCGGGGCUCAGGCGGCGGGCAGUGGGCGCAGGCUCCCCGGUGCCCGCCCCUCCGCGGGGGGGGGGCGCGAGCGGGCGGCCGGGGUGGGGGGGGCCGGCACCGCCGCCACAAAAUGAGCCUGCUGUCGGCCAUCGACACGAGCGCCGCCUCGGUGUACCAACCCGCCCAGCUGCUCAACUGGGUCUACCUGUCGCUGCAGGACACACACCAGGCGAGCGCCUUCGAUGCCUUCCGGCCCGAGCCGCCCGCCGGCGCCGCGCCCCCAGAGCUGGCCUUCGGCAAGGGCCGCCCAGAGCAGCUGGGCUCGCCCUUGCACUCCAGCUAUCUCAACAGCUUCUUCCAGCUGCAGCGCGGAGAGGCGCUGAGCAGCAGCGUGUACAAGAGUGCCUCUCCCUAUGGCUCCCUCAACAACAUCGCCGACGGCCUCAGCUCCCUCACAGAGCACUUCUCUGACCUGACCCUCACCUCUGAGACCCGCAAGCCCAGCAAGCGGCCCCCACCCAACUACCUGUGCCACCUGUGCUUCAACAAAGGACACUACAUUAAGGACUGCCCCCAGGCACGCCCCAAAGGCGAGGGUCUGACCCCGUAUCAGGGCAAAAAGCGCUGUUUCGGAGAGUACAAGUGUCCCAAGUGCAAGAGAAAAUGGAUGAGCGGGAACUCUUGGGCCAACAUGGGACAGGAGUGCAUCAAGUGCCACAUCAACGUGUACCCACACAAGCAGAGACCCCUGGAGAAGCCCGAUGGCCUGGACGUGUCUGACCAGAGCAAGGAGCACCCCCAGCACCUGUGCGAGAAGUGCAAGGUGCUGGGCUACUACUGCCGGCGCGUGCAAUGACCCGGCCGCCCACCAUGCCCCACCGCCCUCCUGCCAGCUGGAGAAGACGCAACCACCCUGCAUGUCCCCAAGUGUGCACGUGCAAGGGGGCAUCCUCAAAGGCUUACAGGUCUGGUGGGUGGGCUCUUAUGUUCUUGUAUGUUGACAAACAGUGUUAACUGACGUAGCUGCCGCCCCACAAGGCCCGCUCUCUGCGACUCUCUACAGGUGGGCCUGGGUCUGUGUGGAGGGGACAAGGUGAGCAGAGGUCAGCGCACAGGACCCCACAGAGCCUUCAGCGUCCCCUGCAGGCUCUCCUCUGAGACUCCCUUUUGGGUGAGCAGCCUUACAUUGGCCACAAGUGCACUAAAUUUACUGUGAAUCCCAGAGCCUGCAGGGGAUGGUCUCCCAAAACCAGCCAGGUGGCCUUCUCCCACCCAGAACCUUCCAGUUUGCCCUGUGUGAAAAGCCACUCUUGGAAAGCCCUAAUUUUCUAAGUCAGUGCUCAUGGCAAGCUGACUCCUGUUCUAGCAGCUGCUGGGGAGCGGGCAUCUCUGCCCCCUGCCACUUUGAGCCCCAAACCUGACUGCCUCUGAAGCCACUGGCAUUGCACCUGGGCCCCGCACAUCUCCCCUCCCCCUACACCCCAGAGGUCAGGGAUGGGGAGGCACUGAAUGUUGGACGGUGCUCCAGCGUGUGACCUGGGGCACAGAGGGCAACACCCCCUCCCCCACCACAGACUUCCCCCACGCGUUUGGAUUUUGCCAGCCCUAUCCCCUUCCCUUCUCCUUCCCCUCUCACCCAUGCUGGGGAGCCACACCCGGAAGGAGGCAAUAGGACCCAGCAGGGAAACCACUCUGGCAGGAAGGACCCAGGCCUGGCAGUCCAAAGACCUGGGUUUUAAUGCUGACCCCGCCACUGAUGCACUACAGAGCCUUGAGAAGGAUUCUCACCUCUGGGCCUCUGUUUCCCCACUAAGAGAAAGAGAGAGUGACACCAGAGAGGCCCAUUUCUGUCCUGAUGUUCUGGAAUUCUGCCUGGCUGGGUGCCAUCUCCUGGAGCAGAGAGCUUUAUUUGGAGAGUUUCCCCAGGCUCCCUACCCAUCCCCUUCCCACUAUCACCCAUCAGUCAGUCACUUAAGAAAUCAGGUGGAGGGAUGCAGGUCCUCCCCUGUUGCCCCCUGCAACCCCAGCCAUGUCUUUUGUCCCCUACCCUGCAAACGUGAAGGAGAAAGGUCUCCCCCUCCUUACAGGGCAACCCCAAGACACGCUACAGAACCUCUGGUUUGCAAAGUGGGGACAAUGAUUCCUACCUCCUGAGGGGGCGGAGAGGCCUCCUGGCACUCACACUGGACAGGCCUGCCGAUGCUGUCCUGGCUAGUGGGAAGGAUUGCCUUCCUCUCUGCUCUCUCCCCCAUGAGAAGCCCUAUUUGCUUUGUCAUAUUACCCUUCCUUUCUCCCAGGGCUGGGUCCUUUGAUGUUGCCCCAACAUUAUGCCUCUGUGGGAAAAAAAAAAAAAAAAAAAAAAAUCAGACCGCGGAAUGGGCCUGAAAUUCAGUGUUUACCACGGCUCAAGGACACCCAACCUGGGGCCGGUCGUCUUUGGUUUUCAAGUGAAAAUGCUUUGUACAACUGAGGAGUUACGGCAAAGUGUUAAUCAGGGGUCCAGGGAGUGAGUUGAAGAGAUGGAGUUGAGAGUAUUUGCAGCCAGAGGGCUGCAGGGUAGAUUGGGGGGGGCCAAGCCCUCUGAGCACUUAGGAAGGGUGUGUGUGCUCCAGCCUGAGCCCUGUAGCUGCCUCCCUCCAGGCCUGCAGGGGCAGAACGCCCGCCACCAACUGUGAACGUGCUUACCGCCCACUGAAGAAUCCCUCUGCCCCCUGCCUGCUCUACUGUGUCAAGGUGAGCCAGAGUCACCCUGGCCCUGGGUUCUCUGUCCCCGAGAAGCUGUCACUGUCAGUCAUCCUCGUGUCCCUCUAAAGAGAGCAUUCACAGGGGUGGCAGUGUCCUGGUUUCCACUGCGAGGACAAGGCCCCAAGACUUCCAGGGACUUGGCCCCACGGGGAGGACCUGGGCUUCUGGGUGCUUGGGCUGAGGUUGUGCGGGAAGUCCACAUCCUAGAAAGAACCCAGGCUCCAGACUCCAGAAGGAAUAUCACCCCAAAGUGACCUUUGCAGUGGGCUUGUCCAGCUGGCAGUCACUGCCGCUGCCAUCUGUGCAGAAUCAGCCACUGUGGGGGGGCUGGGCCCUCCUGCCUGGGGCAGCCCUUCCAUAUUGCCCCCGCCCCAUGGCUGAAUUUGGGAGCUCUGUGUGGUCAGCAAAAGCCACUGCUGUCCAGGCUGGUGCUGUGAGAAUUAAGUGCUCAGAGGGCCCGGGCGUCCAGGAGACAAGAAAGUGUGUGGUUUCAGUAUGUUCAAAAGGGACAAUCGCUUGCAGUUAGUAGAUCUAGCGAUCUAGUUGGGAGAUAAUGGUGUUUACCCCAUAUGAAGUAUUCAAUAGUUCUACUUGUGAAUUUGUAUUUAUUUUGAGUUAUACUUGACACAGAAUUCCUUUUUUUUUUUU